ACGCUAAUAUUCGCUAUUUCAAAAGUCCUCGGACCUUUUACCCUGCAUCACAUCAGAAGACACUUCCUAGAAUUGUGUUGGACUUUUUCAAUUCGUGGUUUAAUUCGCAAUGGGCUCCGCGGACUCCCAGAAGGGAGAAUGGACUCCAUGGACAGUGCUUUCUACAAUCCCCCACCCCAUAGAGGAAAACAGCUCCUCCCCAAUCCCCUUCUUCCACCUCCUAGAGCGCCUGAAAACCACCAAGCGCGAGGGAUGGCGUCGCUUCGGCCUGGAUCGCGCCGAAUCUAUCUCCGACCACAUGUAUCGCAUGGCAAUCAUCACUAUGCUUGCGCCGCCCUCUCUAUCCUCCAGACUCAAUGUCCCACACUGCACAAAAAUGGCCUUAAUCCACGAUAUGGCCGAAUCACUAGUCGGCGAUAUCACCCCCGUCGACACAUCCGUGACAAAAGCCGAAAAGGCACGCCGCGAAGCAGCGACUAUGGAUUAUAUUGAACAGACGUUAUUGCGCAAUGUUCCUGGCGGCACACUUUCUGGUCCGGAGAUUCGUCGCAUAUUCCAAGAAUACGAGGAUAGUGAGACGCUGGAAUCGAAGUUUGUGCAUGAUGUGGAUAAGAUUGAGCUUUUGUUGCAGAUGGUGGAAUACGAGCGGGAACAUGGAAAAGACCUGUCGGAAUUCGCGCAUGUUGCGAAUCGGAUUACUCUCCCAGAGAUCAAGGAGUGGGCGGAUGCAAUCAUGAACGAGCGGAAACAUGUUUGGCAGAACCAGUCAUAA